AUGAACUAUAAGCGGCCGCUGUUGACAGCUGGUGCAGCUUCGUCCAAAUCCGAUACUUCGGUGAAGACUCCCAACCCCAAGAAACUCAAGUCUCGCCACUUCCAACCUGCUCCUACCGUGGCCCCCACUGGCGCCAACACCUCCGACUCCAUUGAGUUCUUCACAAACAACCACUUCUCCCGGUCCUUCAACUCGUUGAUCUUGGACGACGUGGAUGGUACCAGCAGCCACAAGAAAAUCAACAAAUCGCCACCCUUUAACGUCAAGCAGGACUUGUACACCAACGACCUCAUCGACGAGUGUGUAAGCGAUGAUACCAAUAUUGAUACCAUUAUCCACCACGAUUCAUCCACGCAGUACGACGACAAUGAUGACUACGCCGUCACCGCAGGCUUCACCGCCACACGGCCCCGCUUGGAGUCGAGUAUCAAGCGGUCAUCCAAGUUUUUGAACCUUUCCAUCGAUUCCAACAUCAAUAAAAAGGACUUUGACAUGUUGGAAUUAGUUGACCGUAAGAGUGGCCCAGUCCCCGAAAACACGCCAUUCUUGGGUUCCAUCAACGACAAGUUGAACUUCGAAUUUCACAAAUCCACCCCUAAAACUGAGUUCCAUUCCAACGAGUCCACUCCUGCAUUUCCCAACAAGUUCAAAAGACCUCACCAGUUGAUCUCUAAGUCGCCGUCUCCUCACUUAAAGUUGAAAUCGUCGCAUACCAGCUUGAACAAGAAGCCCAGUAAUCACGACAUCAACUCUAAUAGAGUGUCGCCUAUCUUGACCAAUAUCAAGAACAACUCGUUGAACAAGUUGUUCAAUUUGAAGCCUUCCUCAGCAAAGCUCCGCAAAACAGAAAACUCCUCGCCCAUCAAGUUCGAGUAUUACAACGUCGAGGACUUGAUGAUAGACGACUCGGACCUGCCUUCCAAGAACCGCAAACCAUCGAGCGGGUCAACUCAUUCGCAUCUUCAACAGCCCCACAUCCAGAUCUACCACGACGAGAACGUCUCUAGCAUUCCACCCCAGUCCCAUCUACAGCAACCGCCCGUGUAUGCCACGGAGAUGUUCGAUGAUAAGGAGAACGAGGAGAAAAAGUCGUAUCAGUUUGUAAAACCGUUGCAAACGGCAUUCAAGUCGACGGGGUUGAUGAAAAAGAGUUCUCUCACCAACAACACCAACAAGCUUCCACCUGAAACCCCCAUCAAAAAGCAUCCCAUCAUGCUCUUUAAUGAUAAACCCAGCUUUUAUGACCAUGAAAAUAGCUCGGAGAUCUCCAUCGAGGUCGGUAGGAACCAUGUGCAUAACCUGAGCUACAACAACUCCAACGACUCGACCAUCUCAUUAUUCAAAAUUCAGGACGAGAUUCGAAAUAGCGUCAAACAUGUCAACAUCGAAGACGUCAACCACAUGAUUGAUAAUGAGAUCUUGGAAACUCCAACCAAAUCUGUUAAGAAGUCGCAAAGCAUGCCUGCCAACUUCAGUCCCAUGUCCCUAUAUCAGGAUCCUUCGACCCCGACUGUCAAAAGGAAAACAAGCCAGUUGGUCCACAAUCAUACUGACGCUAUUUCGAGGUCAGCAGCCAAGGAGGAGUUCAGUCCCGACGAAUUACAGUUCAAGGCUCAGUUUGUAGACAAAUCGACCAUAGAUGAACACUUGAACAAGAAGUUUGGCAGCCACAACAUCAAAUACUUGAGUAAAGGAGAAUUUUCCAUUGCGUUUGAAUGUAAUUUUGAUAAUCAGAAGUUUGCUAUCAAGAGAUCUAAGAAGCCGAUGAUCGGCAAGUUGGAGGUGAAGAACAUCGUGAGAGAAAUCAACGCUUUGAGAGCAUUGACAUCUGUGAAGGAUAACGAGUCGGUCAAUUUGAAAGAACAAGAAGAAGGUAAAGAAUACCUAAUGUACUUUAUUGAAGCGUGGGAAUUCAACAGCUACUAUUACAUCAUGACUGAGUUCUGUGAAGGUGGAACGCUUUUCAACUUUCUUCAGGACAACAAAAACUACAAGAUUGAUGAGUUUAGAGUAUGGAAGAUUUUGAUUGAGAUUUUGAAUGGGUUGAAGUUCAUCCACAUGAAGAAUUAUCUCCACUUGGAUUUGAAGCCCGCCAACAUUUUCAUCACCUUUGAAGGUUCUUUGAAGAUUGGUGAUUUUGGGUUGGCCACCAAGUUGCCCAUUCUUGAAAAGGACUUCGACUUGGAAGGAGACAGAAACUACAUUGCUCCAGAGUUGAUUAACGACAAGAUUUAUACCCCAUUUGCAGACAUAUUUUCAGUUGGUUUGAUUAUCUUGGAGAUUGCUACAAACAUCGUAUUGCCAGACAACGGGACUCCCUGGAGAAAGUUGAGAUCAGGAGAUUUGAGUGAUGCUGGAAAGUUAUCGAGUGACAAUAUCAGUGACUUCCUUCAGCACCGAAAUUUUUCAUCGCUCACGUCAUACAACUCGAUUGGAUUUUCCUCUAACUCAAUCCAUUUGCAGCCUCCCCAUAACCCUUCGGCCAACCGGUCCCCUUCGGUGGGAGCCGAACAACUUACGUUGGAUCAAAUCAAAGUGCUUCUCCCCAGUAAUGCCCCCAAAUUCUUGAUUUCCAAAUCAGGAAAUUUGGACCGGCUUGUAAAUAAGAUGUUGCAACCCAACCCUUUUGAACGGAUCACUGCCACACAAAUCCUCGAAAUGGAGGAGUGUAUUACGAUUGAUAACAUCCGUAAAGCCGGAGCCACCAUUUACGAAGGAGAAUUUGGUCCCAUUAACGAUGAUGAUGAAUAAUUUAGAGUGUGUAAAGUAAUAGACUUUAGAUAAGACUUUGACUACCAUUCAGGCUAGCCAAUGCAUCAUAUUUGCUUGUUCUAAUGUAUAUUAAACAAAUGCUAUCAUGUAAAAUGACCAUAAUAUAAUAACGGAAUAAAUUAUUGGACUUGAGAGUAGCCAGUGAAAGGAUUGGCAUUCUUGGAUUUUAAGUAGUCGUCAGAAGCUUCUUGCCAUGAUCUGUUCAAGGUCGAAGGACCUGGAGCUGCAAACACUCUCACGGCUGCAAACAAAGCCACUCCACUGACCAACCCAGCCACGGUACCCCAAAACACCUUUGAUCUGUCACCAGGUCCAUAAAGAGGUUUUCUGGGCCCCCAUUCUCCAAACGAAAUAUAAUAAGCAGCCUUCUUUUCUUCGGCCGACAACUGUUGCCAUGGCAAUUCCUGUCUGGACUUUAACUCAUCUAUUAAGGCAGUUUGAUCUUCUUUUGGUAAGGACUCCCAUCUUUUGUCCAACUGGCCAACGUAAGCAUUGGACAAAACUCUGGUGUUUGCCUUGGUCACGGUUGAUUGACUACGAAUAGUUAAUCUCUGGAUAGAAUGACGAAACAUGGUCUAAAAUUCCGUUAGUAUUGUGUCUCAAGUUUAUCCACUUAGAAUGUUGUUUUCU